AUGGUAUUGCUGGGUCCGUCGAGCGACUCGUUACGGCAACUCAUUUCUGUGUGUGAGGGGUAUGCUGAGCAGCAUGGUCUUAGAUAUAACACAAGCAAGAGCGAGUUUGUACUCUUCAAAGCCAGUAAAUACAACCCUACAACAAUACCUAGGAUCAUGCUGUGCGGCGUGCCCUUGAAGAGAGUUGAGAGGUUCAAAUACCUGGGGCAUAUCCUUACAGAAGACCUAAAGGAUGACCUGGAUAUAGAGAGGGAGAGAAGGGCGAUGGCGGUGCGCGGUAAUAUGCUUGCCCGCAGAUUUGCAAGGUGUAAUGAACAAGUCAAAUUGACGCUUUUCAAAGCCUACUGUCAGACGUUCUACACUUGCAGUCUGUGGGUAGGUUUUACACAGAGGGCAUACAACGCACUAAGAGUCCAAUAUAACAAUAUUUUGAGGAUGCUGUUGCGGCUGCCGAAGCACUGUAGUGCGUCCAACAUGUUUGCAGAAGUACGUACGGACGACUUUUACGCAAUCAGACGCAAGCGUGUGGGAUCACUACUCAGGCGAGUGCGUGGCAGCGGCAACGGCCUCCUCAAAGUAUUGUCGGAGAGCCUUGACUGCCCUAUAACUAAAUACUGGGUCGAAGUGGCCAUCGGCAGGGCCAAAUAG